AUGAACAGUCUAAUACAACCAAUGGUGGAUAGUGACUCUGGUCUUUCACUCAGUAUGAACGGAAGCCAGACGGAUGCUCCCUACCAGGGGUUGAUUUUUAUUCGUAUUACAUGUCCCGAAUUAGGAGUCGAGGGAAUCCACAGUUUUAGCCCAGACGCAAUAAUUUAUGACGUUAAAAUUGGUGUACUGAAGGAGAUUUCUCAGCCAAUAAAAGACAAAUGGAAUUUCGGAUUAUUUCUUCCUCCUUCAAAAGGCAAAGCAGGAAAGUUUCUACAAGAAGACAGAACCUUAAGGGAAUAUCCUUUCGAAAAUUCUGUUGGCCACCUUGAACUGAAAUACAAACAAAGGGUUUAUCGGGUGUUGAAAACGAAUGUGAACAAACUGAAGAAACUGCAUAUCAAGUCCAAUCUACGUCAGUUUCUGGACAACGUGAAGAAUGGCGAAUGCGAUAAGGUUACAAAAUGGCUGAACAAAGGUUUGGAUCCCAACUUUCAGUGGAAAGACAUGGGAGAAACCCCGCUCACAUUGGCCAUCAAGUUGGCCAAACCACGUGAUAUGGUUAUGACUUUGGUGUCUGGAGGUGCACAUUUGGAUUACCGAGCUGCAGAUACAAUGACUCCGUUGCACAAGGCCGCCGUGGCGGGAAACUAUGAAGCUAUAAAAGUCCUACUCGAUCUCGGUCAGUCUCCCAACACCAAGGAUCAAUAUAAUCUAACUCCUUUGUAUUACGCUGUUUUGAACGACACCAGAGCCGUUUGUGUGGAACGACUACUCUAUGACCACUCCACACUGGGAACGGCGGACGAAGCUGGACUACAAGAAAUACACCAGGCUUGUCGAUUUGGUCGUGUUCUCCAUUUGGAGACAUUAAUUACCUACGGCGCCGACAUCAAUAGUCAAACUUCCAAGAAUGGAAAUACUCCAUUGCAUAUUUGUGCGUUUACGGGACAAGAAGCAUGCGCCAGGCUGCUCCUAUUUCGCGGAGCAGAUAGAAAGCUACUCAACCGUGCCGGCCACACAGCUUAUCAGCAAGCGGUUUUGUCCGAACAUCAGGCUGUCGCGGACGAGAUCAAGAACUUCCAGGACAAAGAUGUUGUUCCCGUCCGAGGCAAUCCUAAACGCAAUGAAAGGCGGCGAUCCUCUUCGAGAAUGUGUCUUCAGCAAAGAUCUUCCAGUCUGGGCCGCUUGAGUGAUUUUUCCAAUGAUGAAAGUGAACAAAACCCAGAAACUACACCUCACUCACUCAUAGCGUCAAACGGUCACUUACCCCAAUCCCUGGACAAAGCUCGCUCUGUUAACACGGCCUAUAGUGCUAACCGGAUGACGACCAGCGUCAGUGGAUACUGUCUGGAUUCAAUGGCACUUGGACGACUUGACAAUGCGGGAGACUACAAACGUCCUUCACCACAGAAUGGUCAGCCGACAAAUGGCGAUUAUGGUAAUAAUUCCCUGAGCCACUCCGUCUACAACCUGAGGACCUCAGCGCAGUCGACAACCGACAAUUUUCCAAACUACUCGUCAGCAACCAUGAGAGUUCAGUCAGGUAAUCGUUACCGCCAGCCAUCCUCACCUGGACCCGAGUCACAUAAGUAUUCGACUGCUUGCACUAACCAAAGAAACUCAGGCAGACCGGCAUUGGACACAGUUUGGGCGUCAGUCGGUCAAGACAAUGGAUCCGACACGGCAUCCAUUUUUAGCUCGAACUCCGUGCGAUGUCAAAAUUCCUCAGCUACCUAUGGUUCGACGGCCAGUACGUUACAACUCGUGCUUAAUGGACAAGCAAGCAUCCUUGAUCUGGAUGCAAGCAACUUGCCGCGGAUGAUUGUUUUACAAAAGGGUCCCCGUGGAUUUGGUUUCGUUGUACGAGGCCGCAGAGGUGUACCUGGUGAAUUCCAACCGAAUCUGGAAAUCCCUGCGUUGCAAUACCUGGAGAAGGUUGAACCCGGCAGUGCUGCGGACCGGGCUGGGCUCAAACCGGGAGAUUACAUACUGGAGGUAAAUGGGAUAAAUGUUACUUCCAUGUCGCACGAAGCCGUUGUUCAACUAAUUCGAAGUUCAGGCGACCUCCUGGGCAUGAAGAUUAUCACCGUCUCACCGUCGGAAAAUUCCGGUUCUGUGGUUUCACUGGACAAACAGGGACGAACUUCCAACUGGCACACAGGAAACAGCAUUUCAGGGAUUGAUUUGACUGACAACUCUAGUGUUCAUUCGAAUACGACAACUGGAACUGUUCGGUCACAGGUAUGUCUACGAGAAAACUGUCCGGUUUCUCGAAACAACAACAACAACAAUCCAUAUUCGACAAUGUCCCGUUCAUCUCAGAUGAACCAACAGAAACUUGACCGAACCAGGAUGAAUGAACCGAAAGGAGGCCAGGUUUUGCCGAAUCGAUCGAGUGCCAAAUCACCAGCGCCUCCUCCUCCAGUUCAGCCGCCUAUUCCGAUCGCCCUCUCCUCUCCUAGGAAUCAUAUUUCAAGCAAAGACUUGCCGCAACAACCAUCAGCAAUACCACCACCACCACCCUCCCCACUUACCAUCCCCGGCCACUCGCCGACUGAUUCGACCUUCUCAGCUUUCAACUCGUCAUUGAAACAGAUUCCUCCACGACUCUCGUCAACAGUCUCCGGUCAGUAUUCAGUCCCGAUUCCCACACCACCAGCGAAAACGACGGAUACCCCGAAAAUCCCUCCACCCUUGUCCAUUAUGGACAACACCAACACCACCACAUUCAAACAAAAACCGUCCAAUGGCUUUACAGUGUCAAGACCGGAAAUCGUCCAAUCCGCACCCUCACCCCGGGAUGAUUUCAACGAACAGUUACCAUUACCACCGCCACCGCCCCUUGAAAGUCCUACGGCGACGACCAAUAUUGCUGGCACAUCAGGAUUGAUGCUCGGAAUGCUGCGGCGUCUCAACAGUGACGAUCAUGAGUCCAAAUCGGCAGACAACAACCCCAAGCCUUCUUUUGAAGAUCAUCUGCGUCGUGCUGUUGAACUUCGGCGGCGCAAACUUGAGAUGCAUUCUUCAGAAGAUGAUGAGGAAACCCGUUCGCGAGUAGAUGCAGACGAAAGCAACCGAAACGCCUCAGCUCACAGCACAUUAUACUCCUCUACAAAUGUGUGUUCCCUACGAGUUAACAACGGCACCCCGUCGAAUGGUGGUGCAGCACCAGUGGCAACAUCUCUUAGACGCAAUUUAUCAAUAACACAAACCGGGGAGAGUUCUUUUAAAAUUGCCGCCGAAAAGUUCCACGCUAAAGCUUUAGCGCGAAGUCAGGGGAACAACGCGGGUACAAUUCCACCUCCAGAAAAAUUCAAAGAUACCACAUCCAAUGUCCAACGACUGGCAACAGAAUUUAAUCAGUGUACUCAACAGGUCGAUGAGCGUUCUUGUCGUUCCCCUCUUGAACUUGGCAACCCAAAUCGGCCAAAGAAUCCCAACAGUAGUGUACCCCCUGUUCUAAGCAACAAACCGACCAGCAGUCUCUAUUUCACUCGCUGUGCAGAGAAAACCAAUCACACUGCAACGGAAACCAAACGGCCUUCAACUCAGAUCAAUGGACUAUUGUGUUCGAACGCUACUACACCAUCCUCAACCAUUCCACCACCUCCACCGAUUUUUGCCAAUCAUGCAAUUCGUUAGAUAUGCAAAAUACUACACCUUGUCUUUUGCCGUUGAUUGCUGCAUUUUCUCCACCGCAAGAACAGAACAGCACAGAACAGAACAGACCCAACGCUCUUCUCUUAUUCUUUCAUUAUUCAUUCUGUCCGAUGCCACAAGUAGAAUACUAUUUUUUGUGAGUCAUAUCCUUUUGAUUGAGUGCAGAUAACCACAUCCCAAAUGAUUGUACAUAAAGAUCGCCUUCUAGCCUGGAUUUUAUCUGAAAUCCGUUCAUUUUUGCUAAGGAAAACCAGUUAUAGCCUUCUACUUUAUCAGAAUUUAGGAUGCUGUAUCAUAUGUACCAGUGCUUCUCCCAUUAUUUUCCCACCGCUCUAGUGCUCAGUGAGUGUGCAUGCAACCGGUCCAUUACCUCGCUCAGUUGAACUAAUUUCCAGUCAAACACUGAUAUGUAAAAGAAACUGUUGGUUAUUGUAGGCUCACACGUUCGUUUUCUCAAUUUCGCCAUCUUUCGAUGCUGAACUGCGCCCUUUGCUAAGUGCCCCUGAGUCCCAUUCGUUCAACCGAUGGCCAACGAUCUAAAAGGAGAAAACUGAAAACAUUUCGCUCUACUUGAACGUUUGUGUUGCUAGUGUAUUUUUGUGAAUUUCAGCAGAGGCUUUCUUGCCAAUCUCUUGUUUUUUGUUUUGAACGACCGUGACCACGUGAAUUUUUCAAGGUUUCCCGUAAAGAGGUUCUCCUUCUUUGGGAUAGAUCGGCAGUGGUCACUAAGCUGCAAAC